AUGUCUGAGCAAAAGGAAAAGGACCAAACGCCCACUUCGGACGACAACAUACUGACUCGGCACAAGCACAUCGCCGAGAGCAUCGAGAUGAUUCGAGUGAAGAAGGACCAGCUGUUGCAGACGCUGCGAGGCCUCUCCACCAGCGAAAAUCCUGAUCGUGCUCUCAUGGCGAAGUUAGUUGAAGCCUUCGACAUGAUGACUGCCCAGGAGAAUGCGUUUCUAGGAGUUCUGAAGAAUAUCGUGGAAAUACACGAUCAAGCGACGAAUGAUGUCGCUGCCGAAAUUAAAGUGAUGGAGGAGGAUAAGAAGAAGAAUGAGGAGAAAGAUGAGAAACAGGAGGACCAGAAGAAGGAUAAUCGCGGAGAAACAGAAUUAGAUGAGGAGGAAGAGGAGGACGACGAGGAGAUGAUCAAAGAAACGCUGAAGGAACUAGAACAAGUUUCUCUCAAAGCUCUGGCCGCUGCUGAACUCAACGAAAAACUCGUAGAGACGUUGCAGCGCCACAAGAAAAGCCGAACAUCAAUGUUGGAGCUGCGUCGAAACAAGACCGAAGAGCUCAAGAAUGCAGCCACUGCUGCUGUCGCUGAAGUAAAAAAGGCAAAACAAGAAGUCUCGCUCAAUAGAGCGGAAAUCCAGAAAAAACAAAAGGAAGCAGAAGAGCUGAGAAAAGCUGCACUAAAAGCUGGAAUUCAAGUUGGUGCGGAAGAAGAGAAGCACAAAGCCCAGGUCAAUGCUGCACUGACAGCGAUUGCGAAUGAUGUGGAGAGAAUUCCUCCAAUUCCUAUUGUGGAGGAGUCACAGGCAGAAGAAAAACAGCACGAAGAUCCCUUAGAGGCACGUCGACGGCAAAUACGAGAGAAUGUACGCAAGGAAAGGGAACGCCGCGAACAUGUGAAUCAAGUGAUCAAGGAGAAGCUUCUUGCAAUGGAAGCGCGAAAACAGCGCAUGAAGGAAAUUCGCCGUUUACUCGCAGAAAAUCAAGCUGCGGCUUCAUCGAUUCUGCUCGAAACGAAGAAGAAGAUCGAAGCAGCGUCUUCAGCAGAUGAGGCCAGCAAACCGCAAUCGAAUGGCGAUGCGGAAAGCUGCUCAGAAGCCAAAGUAUCGGCUGAUGAGAAUGGCGCUGCCGCUGCUCCUGAUGAAGAUUCGCCGAGAGAGGAGGUGGAUGGGAAUCGCGCGGAGAAUCAGCCGACCGAGGAAGAAGAGCAAACAAGGAGGGAUAUUGAGGAGACAUUCCGGAGUGCUGAAGCAAAUUUGCUGAAUCUUACCAUGCUGAGACGGCGAUUAGAAGAAAUACAGGAACGUGGUGGAGAGCUCACGCAGGAAGACGCCGAGCUAAUUGGACAACUUGACGAAGGAACAAAUGAUGAGAAGGAGGAGGCGACUAAUGAAGAGAAGCAGGAUGAGAACAAAGAGCGUCGUGGACCUGCCCGUCCACGGACUACCCCACCACAACAGCUGCAGCACACGUCAUCGAAAGCGGACGUUGAACAUUGCAAUUCGUUUCGUGCUGGUGAGAGCAGUGGGCGCUUGAAGCACAUUGAGCAUUUGCUGAUUGACCACACGGCCAUGCUGUCGGAAUUGCUGGGCAGGAAUCAGCCAUUGAACAGUCGUCCUGCAUCCGUCGACGUGGUCCACCCUGACGUGCUACUCGAUCUGCUCAACUCAGCAAAUCCUACUGUACUCCGAGCCUUUGCCGCCAGUUUGCUCCACUUGGCAGACGGUCUUCCAGUGCCUCAUCUCAACAGUAUUCUUGUCGCCAUUUGUGAGAAAAAGUCUCCACAAGUCGCUACAUUCGAUGCAAACGACAUUAUCCCCUCACCAGCACAGCGUAUCAGAUCCCCGGACGAUGCUGACCACACCGACUCUCAGUUCUCCCAGGCUCGACACGACAACCACACUGACGCAGUCGACAAACGCACAGUCGGAGAGCAGCAGGACAUGAUGGGACCUAGAAGACUGGAGCAGGCAGUCUCCGGCACGAUGCACAGAGUGCUCUCGAUUCUGGAUCAAUCGGAGUUGUUGGACGAGGAAACACAGAAAAGGGCGCGUGAAGUAGUGGUAUCGAGUGCUGCAGCUCUGUUUCCAAAUGUGCCUCCGAUGUUAAUCGACGCUCAGCUUGGUCCUAUCGUCGCCGACGUCAUCGCCACAUACUCGGAACGGCCGUUAGCCGACGUCUUGGACGAGUUGUGCACUGAGAUUGUCCGAAUUCCGCAGCUUCCGAGAGCAUUUCAAAAAAAGAGAAGAACCUGCCGUACUGAAUGUUCUUAUAGGAAGAUGAGCGAUGCCGGCCCUCUGGCUGAAGUAGCGAUCGCAGCCACGGUUGCGAUCGUGGUCGGCUCUCUCCUUACUGCUCCCAUGCAUCCUGCAGCUGUGAAUGUGGUUGUGUUGGUGAGCGUUGGAGCAGCAAUGACACUGUACAGCCUUCUGAUGGGCGUUUCUUUAUUCGAACUUCCCGUGUUUUUGUGGAGCAUCGUAUUCAACGGGAAAAGUUCGCGCAACUGUUUACUGGCAUUUUGGGGCAUGCACGUGUUAGCAUCCAUAUGGUUCGCUGCAUUCGUUACCGCAAAAGGUCGAAGCUCAACAAUUCAUAGAAAAUUCUUCCACUUGACAGUAUCUCUGAUAUUUUUGUCUGGUCUAUUCUUUGACAAAGAUUUUAUUUGGCUUAGCGGCUGGCUCAUGUUUUGCAUAUUUGUCAUUUUAGAAGUGCUUCGAUUCUUUGAAGUGCCUCCAUGGGUGGAGUACUUAAAUAGGUUUUUAUUGGUAUUCAAAGACGAGCAAGAUUCUAUCCUGCUGCUCACUCCAAUAUACCUCCUUCUGGGUAUAUUCCUGCCGUUGUUUUUGUCUCCAACUGAAGACCUCCCGCACAUCUACCAUGUUGCCGGCGUCGCAGCAGUGGGUGUCGGGGACAGCUUCGCCGCGAUUAUUGGCUCAAUGUACGGAACGACGACGUGGCUUGGGAGAAGGAAAACUGUCGAAGGUUCUACAGCGAUGGCAGCAUCCAUAGCCGUGUUCUUAAUGACAGCUCGGUUGUUCUGUUCAGCUCCAUUCCCUUCCUAUCCCACGAUCAUAUUCACUGCCCUGAUACUUGCUGCAGUCGAAGCUUCGAUUGAUAGCAUUGACAACAUUGCACUUCCGAUUAUAGGAUAUCUCAUGCUCCAGUGGUAG